AUGGGUCGCGACCCAGAUUCACAGUCCCCUUACUUCGCCGAGAUGAAGACCGAGGAGCAGAUUCAGACGUCCGCCGCGGGCCUGCCCCCGCUGACUUCCACGACCGAGCGCAAAUUAACGGCCAAGAUUGACUGGCAUAUCGUCCCAUGCCUGUGCAUCAUGUACUUGCUGGCUUUCUUGGAUCGGGUGAAUAUCAGUAAUGCUGCGGUGCUCGGACUGCAGAAGGAUCUCAACAUUGUCACCGGCACCAAGUACAACACCGCAUUGACCAUCUUCUUCGUGCCUUAUGUGCUGUUCGAGAUUCCGUCCAACCUGCUGCUCAAGAAGCUGAAGCCGCAUGUGUGGUUGUCCUUGUGCAUGUUCGGUUUCGGCCUCGUCAUGAUUUGUCAAGGGCUGGUUACCAGUUGGGGGGGCUUGGUAACCACGCGCUGGUUUUUGGGGAUGUUUGAAACGGGCAUGUUCCCUGGGUGCUUCUACCUGCUAGGCACGUGGUAUAAGCGAAGUGAAGCGCAAAAGCGUUUCAGUUUCUUCUUCAGCUCCACCACCCUGGCGGGUGCCUUUGGUGGCCUCUUAGCUAGUGGUCUCGGAAAGAUGGCUGGCCUGCGAGGCUACGGCGGCUGGCAAUGGGUUUUCAUCAUCGAAGGUGUUCUCACUUGCGUGGUUUCCUUCGUAUGGUACUUCAUCAUUCCUGGGUUCCCAGAGGAUGUCAAAUGGAUCAAUGAUGAGGAGCGAAGGUACAUCCAGGCAAAGCUGGCUCAGGAUGUGGGCAAGGCCGGACAUAAUGCCCAUAUCGGUUUCCGCGAGGUGCUGGAUGUGUUCAAGGACUACAAAAUCUUUAUUGGCGGCUUUAUGUACUUUGGUCAGGUCGUCUCAGCCUACGGGUAUGCCUACUUUGCACCGUCUAUCAUCAAGACCUAUGGAUACGGAGCCAUCCAAACGCAGCUGUACUCGAUCCCACCAUGGGCGGCCGCCUUCGUCUUCUCAAUGCUCAUUGCAAUUUUGUCUGAUAAAUUCAAGCAUCGGUUUGCGUUCACCUUGAUUCCGAUGUUGGUCACCAUGGCAGGAUACGGGAUCCUCUUGAAUGUCCAUGGUGUAGCUCAUCGGAACGUCCAGUAUGGGGCUCUUUUCAUGGUCACUUGUGGCACUUACAGCGCAAUGCCCGUGAUUGUCUGCUGGUAUGCUAUGAACUUAGGCGGCCAUCGGCGACGCAGUGUAGGGACAGCAUGGCAGAUAGGGUUUGGAAACAUCGGUGGGUUCAUUUCGACCUAUGCAUUUCUAGCAAAAGAUGCGCCUCUCUACCGAAAUGGAUACAUCAUCAGUCUGUCCUUCCAGUGCUUCUCGGCUGCCUGCUGCAUUUUCUACUUCGCAGCGAUCUGGGCUGCCAACAAGCGACGUGACCGGAUUAUGGCUAGGAACACCCAGUCGACACUGCUCGAAGACGAGGAAGAAAUUGAGGGUGACCUGGCAGUGACGUACCGAUACGCGUACUAA